AUGAAGCAGCAAGCAGAUAAGAAGCGGUCAGUCCGAACCUUCUCUGUGGGUGAUCAUGUCUACCUGAAGUUGCAGCCUUAUGUUCAAACAUCAGUGGUUGCACGCGCCUGUCACAAACUGGCUUUCCAAUUCUUCGAACCCUACAAAAUCAUCAACUGCAUCAACCCUGUGGCAUAUAAACUUCAGCUGCCGGAGCGCUCACAAGUGCACCCUGUGUUCCACAUUUCCCAAUUGCGCAAGGCUCUCCUCCUAGGUACAUCAGCAUCUCAAGAUCUACCUGUGCACUCUACCAUUCCUGCCGUGCAUGCAGCGAUUAUUGAUCAGCGUUGGCGCAAGCGUCGUGGUGCCAUGGUGGAGCAAGUCCUCAUACGCUGGUCCAACCCAACAGCCGUCGCUGACUCAUGGGAGGAUCGUGUGGCGCUCCAAGCUCGCUUCCCAUCUGCAGAGGCUUGGGGUCAAGCCUCAGCUCAAGAAAGGGGGGAUGUCGGCGCCCCUGGCAACGGGACCCCUCCUGUCAGCUCGCCCGCGCCUCCAAGGCUGACACGUCCUCGCAAGCCCUGCCCAAGAGUCAGUGGGCCUAAGUGGGUGUGA